AUCGGUGUUGUCGCGCGCGCAGAAGAGGUGGCCGUGUACGCGAUGAGCAGAAGCUGAGACCGAGAUGAGGAUGUUGCGGAUCGUAGCAAGAGGACGGCGACCGACCCUUCUUCUCAAUUGCUCCGCUGCUGCUAAAGCUGUAUUGACCAACAGAACCGAUGCUCAUGGAUCAAAAGUUCAGUGGUGCGCUAUAUCGAAUGCCGCAUCUGUUUCUUCUGAGCUACCAAUUUCUCGUAAAAGUCGCAAGCGGAUUCCAAAAGAUGAACGUCAAGCUAUGGUGGAACGUUAUGUUAAUGAGAAUCGCCUUUGCAGGUACAGAGUAAAGAAUGCGGGGAAGUUUCCAACUGCUUCUGAUGCUAUGAAUCAUGUUGGUGGUUCUUAUUAUGUCAUUAGAAAGAUUAUUCAGGAGCUAGAGCACAAAUCCAAGUUACCUCAAUCGACUAGCGGAACUGAAAUAUCAUCAGGACCCAAGCUAAAUCUUGUGAAGAAAUCCGGGACUAAAGUUGACACCUAUAGCAGCAAAGUGUCUGUGAAUGCUGUGACUGAAGUUGAAGAUGAUAGGUUGAUGAUUGUUGUUGCUGAGAGUCAGGGUUCAAGAGAAGAAAUUACAGAUGUUUCUCAUUUGAGUCGUGACAAAUUACAGGAUAUUAAGAGGAAGGAAGUAUGGGAUGAUGAUAGCGAUAGUGUAGCUGAGAAGAGUAGUGUCGAGAUGGAAGUACAGAAUGUCUCUUUGGAUGUUCAUCCACAUGAAGAUAAUGCUAGGGAUUCCCUCAGAGAAAAUUUGACAGAUUCUGGUGCUUCAGAGCUGCGAAAGGAGCCUUCACACGAUGUUGAGACAGAAGAAUCUGUUAAGAGGAACGAUGACGUGGACGUAUCCAGAGAAUCAUCUCUGUGGGCAAAUCUUAAAUCUUUUGCAGUAAGUAUCUGGAAGAAACUGUAAAUUCUCGAGGUAAUCGUUUGGACUUUACAGGAACCUGUUUUUGCCAAAUGAGGUUAAUAGAUGGAUGUCCUCCUUUAGUCUUCCCGGUAUUUCUUGUAUGUUUAUGGAGAGAGAGAGAGAGAGAGAGAGAGAGAGAGUAUGUAAAUACAUUUCAGCGGCAUCCUCUGUGGAGCCACGGGGUCUGGCGCUGACCUUCCUAAAACUAAUGAGUGACGAGUCGCUCACAAGUUAAAUAUGAACUGCUCAUCAUCAUUUCAAGAGCACACAGUCAGAAGACUCGGAGCCCCAAAGAUGGUCGACCGGCCUUACAAAGCCCGGCAGCCAAGUCUCUUACGAUGCCAAGAAACAGGGGCACGACGAGAGUGAAAUUCUUAAGAGUUGAGUGUGGAAGCAUCGCUUUGUGCGAGGACUCGGGGAGAAUUUCUCUUUCUUAUCUAAUACAGAGGUUCUGGUGGGGGUAAGAUGCCGCUUUGAGCUGCGAGGUUUGUCUCGUGAGCAAAGGGUCUCUUGGAAGAUGUUGUAAUGUUCCUGAAGGUUGUGCUGAGCACUUAGAAUUGUCAAUAUGCAAAGAACAAACACAACAAUUUAUGUAGCUCUAUGCCCAGGCAGGAUAACGGUCGUCCCUGGUUUCCUCAGCUUUGUACCAUCUUUCUGGACUCUUUAACUAGCUUUAUAGCCCGCCCGAUGCGGAGACUGAAUGAUAAUAAUUUAAACUAGGACAUAUGUAGAAUUUACCUAUGGAA